UUCUCUCAAAAUCAUCAACAUGUGCUUGGUGUUCCGUCGACCGUCUGGUCUGCGCUUCCGGUGCUUGGGUCUGUGACUGCCUGGCGUACUGGCGCUAUCUUAUAAUGUAUGGGGUAGGUGCCAAGGAUGAUGGCAAAGACAAGACCAGCGAGGUGGACCUGAAUCGUUACAACAACUUCAUGGAUACUGUCUUCAGACGCGUCAACUCGUACUCCAGGAGUCGCUUUGAUCCCUUCAGUUUCGGUCUCGGCAGGAGUGCCAAGAAUGGCAAGAGCAAGGGAACCAAAGGAACCAAAGAUAAAAAGAACAAGAAGAAGAAGGGAGGCAAGAAGGGUGGAAAGAAGGGAGGUAAAGGCAAAGGAAAAGAUAAGGAUAAGAAAGAAAAGGGAAAGAAGGGUAAAAGGCAUCCCAAGAACCUGAACCUAGACGAAGAGAACCAAGAAAGCGACCACGAAACGAACCUCGAAGUGGACACACCCGAAGUUGUUGCCGAACCCGCUGUCGGUGACGAACCCGCUGUUGGCAGCCAGACAAGUGACGGAGAAGACGUAAAGGCGAUCACUAACUCUACUGAGACAGUCCGCAGAAAGAGAGAAACUGAGAUGAUCGAGGAGGAGGAAGAGGUGGAAGAUGAGGAGGAGGAAGAGGAAGAUUCUUAUGAAGAAGAGUGGUCUCUGGCACGAGAGAAAAGAGAGGCUGAUGACAUUCAUGUUCUUGAAGAUGACUCAGCGGUGGAGACCUCUCGCAAGGGCAGGCCUGCCAGCAAGGGCAAGAAGAGCAAGACCAAAGGCAAAGGAAAGAACAAGGGCAAAGGAAAAAACAAAGGCAAGAAGAACAAGGGCAAAAAAGGCAAGAAGGGAAGCAAGAAGACUAAAAAGGGUCCACAGUCUUUGCUACAACCACAGAUACGCACCUCCCGCGCCUCCGUCAGCGGCAUUGCCACUGUCCGCAGACUCGGCAGCGUUAAGGUCAUUAACAAGCAGGACGGGAGAGAGAUCCGCUCCCAGUUUGCUUUGGGCCCCGUCGACCUGAAGGUCUCACGCAAGUUUGGCUCUGGUAAGGACUCUGUCACCCGCACUGCCAGAGCCGCCUCUCCUCAGCUGGAAGGAAAGAUGUACAUCUUCGUCUCGGCUAAUGGCAAGGCUGAGGUGACCAAGUUCCAUGUCAAUCGUCCCUCCAUCGUACAGGUUGACGGCACACUCCGCAAGGACACCCGGGAUGGUAAGGCUGAUAACAACUUCAUGGAGAAGUCGAUCUCUCGAGCUCUGCCCUUCGCUGCUAUCAAACUUAAGAGGGCCAGCAAGGCUGUUCUCUCAGCCAGUGAACCUAAGAGCAACAGUUAACCAAACUCCUACUUCAACCGUCUCAUUAAACUCUUGGUUCUCCAUAACUCCCCACUCCUCCGUCUAACACCCGUCUAACACGUGACUGAGUCUGGCUCCCUUAUAUUAAAAAAAUAUAUAUACAUACAAUUAUGUCAAAAUUUUGAUCAGUAUAGUCUCGGGUCUUUAUUCUUGAUUACCAAAAAAAAAUAUAUUAAAUUUGACAUUUCUUGCAUAGUGACUGCCCACUAUUGCAGACCUCACUCUAGCGUUUUCGGUAAUGCUUCCACAGAAAGCACUUCCCUGAUGUAUUAAUAUCUCUCUUAAACAAGCAGACUUUUGAGUAAUUCAUUAAAUACACUUAGCCAGAAUUUAUUAGAUCAAAUUAAUCAAAUGAGAAGAGUGGACUUUUUUUGUUUACGAAACCUCGAGAGUAUUCAGCAUAGUAUUGUUUUAAAGUAUGUUCUUCACACGCUAAAAAUUUAGAUAUUGUUCUUACUGUUUUAAAAUUUAGUUGACAUAUUUUUUGCUAGAAGUGCAAAUUUCGAGAGAUGGUAGUUAUAUACUUAUAGUUUCUGUAUGGAAUGGGUAAGAAUAAGAAAAUGACGGUGCAGACUGUCAUGACCACGGAGGUGAUGUUAUAGAUAUUAAGUGGAGGGUGACAGUUUCUCAGGGUAUAUGUAGUUAUCUUCUCUACAUGCACGAACAUGAUCAUUGUACAAUGAUCUGUCUUUAUUAGAAUUACCCUUCUUUUUUCUCUAAGUCCUCCUUCCCCUUGUAUAAUGACCCCUUCUUACCACUUAGAAUCCACCCACUUCCCCUUGUAUAAUGACCCCUUCUUAUCCCUUAGAACCCAUUUCCCCUUGUAUAAUGACCCCCUUCUUAUCACCAGUCAACAUAAGUACGCUUUCUAGUUACUUAUUUUGCGCACCAGCUUAUUAUUGCCCUUGCUUUGUUACUCCUCACAUCCUAAAGAUAUAUUUUAUACUGUAAAAAAAUAUAAAAUGAAAAAAAAAAAUGAAUGGGCAGAGGCUCGUCGGAAGUGCACAUCUGCUGAGCCUCUGUCUUCAUGUGGACCACAACGGCACCCGACCUUCAGCGAGAUCAUGAUCAUAUCUUGGACCACCGCUGUGGCGCCUCCCUCACCUCCUGCUCUCAACCUCUGCUGCCACCCAUUGCCACCCAGCCACUAUCAACCACUCCUAACAUUAGUCCAUCAUCCCAUCUUGGUCUCUGAAGGAAAGCCAAGGAAAUAAGAAGCUGCAGGAUGGCUUCUUUAAUGGAUGUUGAACACCUAAAACUGUCACCAGCUGGGGUCAGGUUGGCUGCCUGGGUGAAGCCUUGGGGAUGCCCGAGAAUGCCUGGGUGAAGCCUGGUGAAACCUCGGGGGAUGCCUGAGUGAAGCCUGGGUGAUGGGGGCACCACCAAGAACUUAGACGCCACGGUCAGCCAUCAUUCUCUCGCUCGCUUGAUGAUACAGUGAUGUGAUGAUACAUUGUCUCUUGCCCCACAAACAUCACGCAGCCCACAGUGACUAGCUGCUUUAUAUAUUUAUUUAAGUUAUUAACUUAUUGAUAUAUUAUUAAUAAACUUAGGCUAAGA